AUGAAGGCCAGUCAGAAAUGCUGGACUCUGCUGUUCCUGUUGCUCAUGGGUGGCUUUGUUUUCGCAGAAGCCGGCCGAGGGGGCCAUCGCGGAGAGAGACCGGGUCCUAACCGUCAGGGUAGCCACCGUGAUCGCUUUCCUACUCACAGGGACAGGGAAUAUGCUUACAACUCUCGCUCUCGCCGUGGUGAUUCCCGGGGCCGUCGGCGCCGCAAAGCAUCGAAAUCUCGAUCUAGCUCUGCUGGGAAACGAACUGCAAAAGACGAGAAGCCUUCUCCUGGGUACCUUGAGUACAAGCAGGCGAAGAUUGAGGCCGCCUCCCAGCAUGAACGCCGUCUGCAGGCACAGGCAAUCGCAGCAGUGCUAGACGAGCGGGAGUUGCAGAGACAGGCCGCGGCUGCGGCAUCUAUGGCUGCGCAUCCACAGAUGCCACCGCUGCCAGGAAAUCAAGCGCGCUCUCCAGGAGAGGCCCUGUGGAAUCAUGCUCCGCAAAUGCCGCCUCCGCAGGAACAGAUCCAGGCAGUUUCCGCUGGGGCUGUACGCCUGCUACAAGCAGAGCUUCACCACAAGGUAGACUUAGGCACAGAUCCCUUGACUGUAGAGGCCCUUGCCGAGAAGCUCAGCCAGUGUAAAGGGCUUGGGAAACAAAUGGAUGCUGUUAUUUCCCGCUACAGCAAAGACGGCAAGGCCCCUCCAGCCCGGGUUGCUGCAAAAGCUAAAGUGCUUGCAAGCUUGGCGAGUACUUUCAACUUCUGA